AUGUCCUUCCCAAGGCCCGAGACUGAGCGGGCGGCAGCAGGGAAGGCCUUUUACCACGUCGUUUUCGAGCCGUGGCUCGAGGGGCCAACAAGUAUGCUUGGAUCGUGGUUUAUCAACAUAUCACUAAGCUCCCGCCCUGCAAUCCCAGAUGCCGAAGCUGUCAAGGAUGUCGUUCGAGAGAUCGAAGAUGCGGCUGCCAUCCAUCUCCCCCAAUCAGGUGAUGCAGCGGCAAAGGCACCGAAAGAAGGGCCAGAUAGCGGCGGUAUAGAUGCUAUCUUACUUGGAUUUCGCUACCUGGACCAUGUUCACGAAGCGACGCUUCGAAAAUUCUCCAAGGAUAUCCCUGUUAUAGCCACGCCUGAAGCCGCCGAUAUUGUCAGACCAUGGGGCCAUUUCAAGACGAUCAAGCUUAUUCAAGACCUGGAGCCGUCGAUUAAAUCGUGGCGUACCCCAGAGCUUCACCCUGGUGAGGCUCUGCCUUCGUGGCUAACACCAAUCCGUCUUCCCGGCUUCGCGGUCCUCAACUUUUGUCUUGCUAUCGUCUGGACACAUCCCACCGACGGUGAGGGUGAGGUUCAUGAAGUUAUUUUGAGCUCGCCGCAUGGAACUCGCUUCGAAGGAUCUCUGGAGGCCUUCCACAAUGCGGAGCCCAAGACAAAGAUGCUCGCCAUGCUCCAUGGGCUCAAGGAAAGCCACACAUUGGGAAGUCAGACUACACUCGGGGCCAGGGGAGGACUCAAAAUCUAUCGAAAGGUUGGAGGAGUCAAGUAUUGGGUUCUGAGUCAUUCCAAGUUGCUCUACGGUGGCAUUUCCCUAUAUCUCGCUUGGACUCAAGAUACCCAGAGAACUGUGAGCUGGAUGCUGGAGGAAGAACAGAAGGCAGACCCUGAUGCCACCAAGAAAGAAAAGCCCAACGUCGUGGAAGUCGACAAUGGGGGGUCGUUUGUAUUGGAGGACUGA